GUGACGUACUUAUGAUGCGACCUUUCUUCACUGAAACACUGCUUAGCACGAUUAUCCUAGUAAAAAUCAUAUAGCCAGUCGUUCUACCUUCAUUCACAGGAAUUUAAAGCCUGGUUAGGAUAUCUUUGUUUUUGCGUCUUUAGUGGACAAGAGUUUUAACUCUCAGGAUGUCUCUGGCAGAUGAGCUGCUUGCAGACCUGGAGGAGGCUGGAGAUGAGGGUGAGGAUGGCCUGUAUCCAGAGGGUGAGGAGGGAGACAGCGAUGGAGAGGGGACACAUGGAAGAAUGGAAGGAGGACUGGAGGACAUCCCAGAGGAGAUGGAGGUGGAUUACAGUAAAGCAGAGAGUGUUGCAUCCAUCGCCAAGCUUCGCAACAGCAAACAGUUUUCAGAGAUCAUGGACAAAAUUUCAGUUUAUAUUGGAAAACAGCGCAAAAACUCAGAGGUCUCAGGCCCAGUUGAAGCCGACCCAGAGUACAGACUGAUUGUCGCAGCCAAUAACCUCACAGUGGAAAUCGACAAUGAGCUCAAUAUCAUUCACAAGUUCACUCGGGACAAAUACUCCAAAAGGUUUCCAGAACUUGAAUCUCUGGUGCCAGAUUCUUUAGAUUACAUCCGAACAGUCAAGGAAUUGGGAAAUAAUUUGGAGAAAUGCAAAAACAAUGAAACUCUGCAGCAAAUCCUCACCAAUGCCACUAUUAUGGUUGUCAGUGUCACAGCCUCGACUACACAGGGGUCAUUGCUCAGUGAAGAUGAACUGAAGCAACUGGAAGAGGCCUGUAAUAUGGCUCUGGAGUUGAACCAAUCAAAACAUAGGAUCUAUGAAUAUGUGGAGUCCAGGAUGUCCUUUAUCGCCCCAAACCUGUCCAUUAUUGUCGGAGCAUCAACAGCUGCAAAGAUCAUGGGUAUCGCUGGAGGCCUGACCAACCUUUCUAAGAUGCCAGCCUGUAACCUGAUGCUGCUGGGAGCCCAGAGGAGAACCCUGUCUGGCUUCAGCAGCACCUCUCUACUUCCACACACCGGAUUCAUCUACCACUGUGAUGUGGUGCAGUCCCUGCCCCCUGACCUCAGGAGGAAGGCGGCUCGUCUGGUGGCUGCCAAGUGCACACUGGCUGCUCGAGUGGACAGUUUCCAUGAGAGUUCAGAUGGAAAGGUAGGCUACGAUCUAAAAGAAGAGAUCGAGAGGAAGUUUGAUAAAUGGCAGGAGCCUCCACCGGUGAAGCAGGUCAAACCACUGCCGGCCCCGUUGGACGGACAGAGGAAGAAGAGAGGAGGGAGAAGGUAUCGAAAGAUGAAGGAGCGACUUGGGUUGACUGAGAUCAGGAAACACGCCAACAGGAUGACCUUUGCAGAGAUUGAAGAUGAUGCAUACCAGGAGGAUCUGGGCUUCAGUUUGGGGCAGUUGGGGAAGAGCGGCAGUGGGCGAGUCCGUCAAGCUCAGGUCAACGAGGCCACCAAGGCCCGGAUCUCCAAAUCCCUCCAGAGGACGUUACAGAAACAGAGCAUGACUUAUGGAGGAAAAUCCACAGUGAGAGACCGCUCCUCAGGAACCAGCUCCAGUGUGGCGUUCACUCCUCUACAGGGACUGGAAAUCGUGAACCCACAAGCUGCAGAGAAAAAGGUGGCUGAAGCCAACCAGAAAUAUUUCUCCAAUAUGGCCGAGUUCCUCAAAGUCAAGAAGGAAUCGAAGAUGUGAUCAUGGAUGCACACAGACCUUUGCACUCAAUGUCGCUUGUAGUAUAUGUCCAACUCAUCUGAAACAGUGUUUAAUUCUGUUUUUGUUUGUACUUUUUUGACUUUUCAUUUUAAUAAAGUCUGUAAAGAUUUCA